CGUUGAAUUAACAAAGCAUUUCAUGACAUCUUAACCUAAUCAAUACAUAUUUUGCUGCUCAAUUCGGUUACCACUUUUGCCUUAGAUUUCUAGAUAACCGAGCCAUAAUCUGCGUUCAGAUAUGGCGAGCUUCUUCGAUCUAAAGGCGCGCAAAGCGGCCGCUGCAAACGGCGCAUCAUCGUCGAAAGUAGAGGAAUCGAAGCAGAACACUAGAAAGCAACCAUGGGUAGAAAAAUAUCGACCGAAGACUCUGAGUGAUGUCACCGCUCAAGACCAUACUGUUAACGUCCUCCAACGGACUCUGCAAGCUUCGAAUUUGCCUCACAUGCUCUUUUAUGGCCCCCCUGGUACGGGUAAAACCUCGACGAUCCUCGCCCUCGCAAAAGAACUUUAUGGCCCAGAGAUGAUAAAAUCGCGUGUACUCGAACUCAACGCCUCCGAUGAGCGAGGUAUAUCCAUCGUACGAGAAAAAGUGAAGGACUUUGCACGAAUGCAAUUAACAAACCCUCCUGCCGGGUAUAAGUCCCGUUAUCCAUGCCCUCCCUUCAAGAUUAUCAUCCUCGAUGAAGCCGAUAGCAUGACACAAGAUGCCCAGAGCGCCCUCAGACGAACGAUGGAGACGUAUAGCAAGAUUACCCGAUUCUGCCUGAUCUGCAACUACGUCACUAGGAUCAUCGAUCCUCUGGCGAGUCGAUGUAGUAAAUUUAGGUUCAAGAGCUUAGAUCAAGGGAAUGCGAAGAAGCGGUUGGAAGAUAUUGCUAGCAAAGAGGGCGUUACGCUUGAGGAUGGCGCUGUUGAUGCGCUUAUCAAAUGUAGCGAGGGUGAUUUGCGAAAAGCCAUAACUUUCUUACAAAGCGGAGCAAGGCUGGUGGGUGCUAUCGAGAAAGAGGGCGACGGAGAUGAGAUGGAUGUGGACGGCGACACUAAGAUCGUCACCGUAAAAAUCGUGGAAGAAAUUGCUGGUGUGAUACCGGACGAGACCAUUGAGAAAUUGCAGAAAGCAAUACAACCUAAGUCUGGCGGCGCGGCAUACCCGGCUGUCGCAAAGAUCGUCGAAGACAUGGUUGCGGAUGGAUGGAGCGCUGGUCAAGUCCUUACUCAGUUAUAUCAAGCAGUCAUCCAAGAUGAGAUGAUUCCUGAUGCAGCCAAGAACAAAAUAACCCUCGUCUUCUCGGAGGUUGAUAAACGAUUGGUGGAUGGUGCAGAUGAACAUCUCUCAAUUCUAGAUCUAGCUUUGAGGAUAUCGAACAUACUGGCCGGGAAAGGUUAAUGGCUACUAGACCUGAGACAUUAUAAACUCGAAUUACUCCGAAAUGAGGACCCGAUAUGUUACAUGACAAAUGUCAUAGCUACGGCGUUAGGUUGGCAAAAUGCGAAUGUGCUACAUUAUGAAGAUCAUUAGGAGGGUUAUUCUGUCAUAUUGUAGCAACUAAGUAAGGGUUCUUCGUACUUAGAAGGCAAAGCCCCAAAAAAUUAGCUGUAGAAAAAUGACCACAGCCCUU